AUGAGUGCUGUUCAGGUAGUCCGCAGGUAAAGAUGGAGACUUCAAGACGGUGUUAUGAAAUACCACCACAAUAUUCAGGAUCUAAUAGGUCAACAUCUGAUUUGAGAAUUGUGCUGCUGGGAGAAUCUAGUGUUGGAAAGAGUGCAACAGGUAAUGCAAUACUGGGCAGAAGGGCAUUUAAUGAGAGCAGCUCACUAGUGAGUGAACUACAGAAAGGACGAGUAGAAGACAGAAACAUCUCAGUGAUCGACACUCCAGGAUUCAACAACACUGAACUGACUGAUGAAGAGCUGCAGAAUGAAAUGAUGAAGAGUCUUUCUCUCUCUUAUCCUGGUCCUCAUGUCUUCCUGCUCAUCAUCGACAUGGAGAAGUUUGAAGAGGAAGUUUGGAAGAUUGUUGAAAAGAUCCUGGAGAACUUUGGAGCACAAGCCUUUAAGUUCACAAUGGUUCUGUUUAUUGGAAGUGAACAAACUACAAAAAAAGAUUGGAUGGCCUUUAUCCUUGGUAAAAAAUGUAAAGAACUCAUCAGCCACUGUAUGGGUAAAAAUCAUGCAAUAAAUAAUAAAAGUGACAUUAAUCCAACUCAGAUUGCAACGCUUCUAGAUAAAAUAGAUGAAAUUAUCAAACAAAAUGAUGACCAACAUUACACCAGUGAAAUUUACUUAAAAUCACCAGUAAAGGAAAAAACUCAAGAAAAAAAGGAACAAGAGAGAAGUGCAAGAACUCACGUUCAUGUAAAAUGGGUUCCACAACAAAACAAGAAUGCUCUAGAGAAGGUUGUAAACAAAUCAGAUGUUCAAUCACUAAGAAACUCAUUUGAGAGAAAGGAAGAAAAAAAUGAGACCGUCUAUCAAGAAGACUUCAAGAAACUGAGGGAAAGCUGGCAAGUGAAAGAGAUAGUAAAAUGGGAGCCAAAGAAGAUAGCAACAGAGCAACAGGUGGCCCAAACAGGUCAGAGAAUCUCGCCCUGGCAGCGGAAAGAGGCAGCCUUUGGUAUAAAUUGUGAAUUUCCGGCAAAACCUCAAGGCCACCGAAUCUCAUCUGUAUCACAGACAGCAUCAGUGACCAGCCAGUGUAUGACUCGUAAACAACAGACAAGAUCCCAAGAUCUCAGGAUUGUGAUUGUGGGAAAGUCUGGAAAUGGAAAGAGUGCAACAGGAAACACAAUCCUGGGAGAAAAGCUGUUUAGAGAAGAAUUGUCUGCUGAAUCUAUCACUAAGCUUUGCCAAAAUAAUGAGCAUAAUGUAGAGGGCAGAACCAUCUCAAUAACAGACACUCCAGGACUGUUUGAUACAUCGAUCAGUAAUGAAGAACUGAAGGAUGAAAUACAGAAGUGUGUAGAAAUGUCUGUUCCUGGUCCUCAUGCGUUCCUGCUGGUGACCAGACUAGAUGUGAGAUUCACAGAAGAAGAGAAGAACACAGUGAAAUGGAUUCAAGAGAACUUUUCAGAAGAAGCGAUGAAUUACACUAUAGUUCUGUUCACCCGAGGUGAUCAGUUAAAAAUAUCAAUUGAGGAGUUUCUGAAAGAAAACAAACAGCUCAAAGAAUUAGUUAAUCAAUGUAAAGGUGGGUAUCAUGUUUUUAAUAACACAGAUGAAAAUCGAGCACAGGUGACUGAACUCAUAGAGAAGAUCGACAGAAUGGUGAAGGAGAAUGGAGGAGAUUAUUACACAAAUAAAAUGUAUGAAGAAGCUCAGACAGAAAUCACUGAAAAAGAGGAGAAAAAGAGAAAGGAAGAAGAGAGAAAAAAGCAGGAAUAUGAGGAAAGUAUUAGAAAAGAUGAAAAGAAAAGAAUAGGUAAGAAAGUGGCUUUAGGAGUAGGAACAACAGUUGGGACAGUGGGGGCAGCUGUUGGAGGUGUAGCUCUGGUCGCCACAGGUGCAGUGCUAAUACCUGCAGCUUUAAUCGUAGGAGGUGCUGCUGUCGCAGGAGGAACAGGUGGGAAACUUAUUGCAGAUAAAUUCAAAAUUGCAAAAAGAAGAUAAAAAAAGCAUAAACUGAGUUGAAAUGAUUGCAAAGAGCUUGAAUCAGAGUAUCAGAGCAUAAGACAUGCAUUAGUGUUUUGGUAGUUUUAUCACACUAUUGUGUUAUCAGGGACUUCAAGUAAUAUUGACUGGCUGAUGGUGCAAUACCCUGAAUAUUACCUGUCUAGUAACCAAAUAAAGAAAUACAUGAAUAAUAUUAUAUACUAUAAAACAUUGUUUUGUGUUAUAAUUAUGCAAUUGUGUUAUAGCUGAAUAGCUGAAAUCCGCCUCCAGUUUGCGUCAGAGUUCUGUUGAUGUUUAUCUGACUGCCCAUUAUUCAGCCAAUUACAAGACUACUUGACAAAUAGUUGAAAUUAUUUUAUAAGCUUACUUGCAGAUAUCGCAGAGUGAUCCUAAAAAGUAGUAAAGAUGGCUCAGAUACUUGGAUGAGUUAUGGAUGUGUGGUUGUUACUGGGAAACAUCAGACCGCUAGAUGGUGCCAUUGACCAACUAGAAUCGAGUAUUCCAGAGAGCCGUGUAAUAACUGCACAUAACACAUUGUGGUGGGCACAAUGUACAAAUUGGUAGUGGGAAUGAUUUUGUUCUCGGUGUUAAAAGAUGAUAAGCCUAUUUCUAUCCGAACAAUGCACAAUUACAUUGUUUGUUGUAUUUUUAUUUUAUUUUGAUGGCGUUCAUCUUUUUUUUUGUGUGUCAAUUAUUUUCUUGUUUCAGUUUUACAUAGUUUCAACUUUACUUCUAUUUACUAUAUAUAUAUAUAUAUAUACAAAUUCAACCAUUUUUCACCUUUAAAAUAUGAAUUAAUGUGAACAAUGUACAAAAGACA